UUGUUUUGAUUCAGGCACUUGCCGAGGACACCCCGGUGGCCGCCAGGUGGCGGCAGACUGCAGUAGGUGACGUCACGCGCGCUCGUGAUGCUGUGCCGAGCGCGAGGAGGAUGAAGCCUCCACGCGCGGCUCCGUGAGUCACGAGGCCGGCCGUCCACAUCCCGCGCGUCAAAUCUCCACGCAGUGCAAAUGGCGUUCAUGUCCCGGUUCUCCCGGUCCCGGAGCAGCUCCAGGUCUCCGAGUCGCAAAGACUCGGAGCGCAUUUCUCCCACCUUGACCGUGUCCGAGUUGGAGAGACUUCUUUGUAGCGGCAAGACGGCCUGCAACCACGCCGAUGAAGUCUGGCCUGGACUUUAUGUGGGAGACCAAGACAUGGCAUCAGACCGCCGGGAGUUGUCCAGGCUGGGCAUCACUCACAUCCUCAACUGUGCCCAGAGUAAGUGGCGCGGUGGUGCAGAGUACUACCAGGGCAUGCAGGUGGUCUACCACGGCAUCGAGGCCCACGACUCGCCCGCCUUCGACAUGAGCGUCAACUUCUACCCGGCCUCGGACUUCAUACACAAGGCUCUCACCCGGGGAGGCAAGGUUCUGGUCCACUGCACCGUGGGAGUGAGCCGCUCCGCCACGCUGGUUCUGGCCUACUUGAUGAUCCGACAGAACCUGACGCUGGUGGAGGCCAUCAAGACGGUGAAGGACCACCGCGGCGUCACCCCCAACCGGGGCUUCCUACGCCAGCUCAACGGCCUGGACGGCAUCCUGAGGGAGAGUCGCAGGGCCCCGCCUCAAAUCUGAGUCCAACCGGAACCGGAACCGGAAGCACUCCAGGUUUAUUCAACAUUCGGUUGACAGAAAGUACGGAAACAUCCGACCUGCCAUCUCUUAUCAGCUACUAACUGCCUUUUUGACGACAGGCUGCAGAGUUCAGUCAGGGCUAACUGCUAAUGCUAACAACUGCUGUUUAAUAUUCCGAGUAACUCCAGCCUCGUUUUAUUGACACCCUUUUAUGACUUCUUCCGUGCGUACACGGAAGCUACUCAGCUUAGCCAGGAUUUAAGAACAAGCGGAAUUUCUAACAUUGGUGUUAAUUAAUCAAUUGAUGGAGCUAGCUGGCAGUGGAAUGUAGCAUCAAGGUAGCAUGACACAAACUCAGCUCUGCGUCCUAAAUUGCCAAAUUAGCCAACACGGUUGUCACUUUGGAUGACGACAUGAAUACUAAAAGCUCGCACGGAACAUGAGUUUGUGUGGUUGCAACGUUUCCAAGCAAGUGUUUUUGUUAGCUGGCCACUCGGGGACCAACAUGUGAGAGUGUUAUGUAUCGACUCAUCAUCAAUGCUAGCACAGUUUACAGCAUAUUUCUAUCAAGUCCACACUUUUAUUUGUAAGUAUAAAUACGUGUUGGCGGUUCUGUGCUGGGAUCAUACUUGCCAACCCUCCCGAUUUUCCCGGGGAGAGUCCCGAAUUUCAGUGCCGAAAAGCAACCAUUCUCCCGAAUUUCCACCCGGACGACAAUAUUGCUUUAAAGGCACUGCCUUUAGCGACCUCUACAAAAGGGGUCGGGAACCUUUUUGCCUGAGAGAGCCAAGAAGCCAAAUAUUUAGGGACCGAAUGUCCCUUCUGAACAGAGGACUCUAUUGUAUUUCUAAGGUUUUAUUAUUAUUAUUAUACCGCCGCCUCUUUGAGCUGUAAUCUGACCCCCGUAACAUGCUUCAAAACUCACCAAAUGUAACACACACAUCAGGACAGGCGAAAAUUUACAUCUAUUUAAAAAAAAAGAAAAACUCAAAAUUGCGCUCUAGCGCCCCCUAGGAAAAAACACAGACAAAACUGCUGGUAACUUCCGUUAGGAAUGUCGUAGAGAAAUGAAACAAAAACCUCUAUGUAGGUCUGACUUAGACCUAAAUUUCAUACUCUUACAUCCUUCAGCAAAAAUCAACAGAAAGUUGGUAAAAACCCCUUCAAACAAAAGUUUCCUAAAAAAAUUUAAUUUUUGCCUCUUUGAGCUGUAAUCUGACCCCCGUAACAUGCUUCAAAACUCACCAAAUGUAACACACACAUCAGGACUGGCAAAAAUUGCCAUCUAUUUAAAAAAAAAGAAAAACUCAAAAUUGCGCUCUAGCGCCCCCUAGGAAUAAAACACUGACAAAACUGCUUGUAACUUCCGUUAGGAAUGUCGUAGAGACAUAAAACAAAAACCUCUAUGUAGGUCUCACUUAGACCUACAUUUCAUUCGUUGACAUUCUUCAGAAAAAAUCAACAGGAACUGGCAAUUACCCCUUCAAAACAAAAGUUUCCUAAAAAAUUUCAUUUUUGCCUGUUUGAUCUGUAAUUUGACCCCCUGUAACUGCUUCAAAACUCACCAAACUCGACACACACAUCAGGACUGGUGAUAAUUGCGAUUUAAUAAAAAAACAAACCCCAAAACUCUAAAUUGCGCUCCAGCGCCCCCUAGGAAUAAAACCGACAAAACUGCUCUUGGGAAAACACAGACAAAACUGCUUGUAACCUCCGGUAGGAAUGUCAUAGAGACAUGAAACAAAAACCUCUAUGUAGGUCUGACUUAGACCUACAUUUCAUUCAUUGACAUUCUUCAGCAAAAAUCAACAGGAAGUUGGCAAAAAACCCUUCAAAACAAAAGUUUCCUAAAAAAUGUCAUUUUUGCCUCUGAGCUGUAAUUUGACCCCCUGUAACUGCUUCAAAACUCACCAAACUCGACACACACAUCAGGACUGGUGAUAAUUGCGAUUUAAUAAAAAAAAUCAAAAAAAUUAAAUAAAAAUUGCGCUCCAGGAAUAAAACACUGACAAAACUGCUCUUGGGAAGAAAACACAGACAAAACUGCUUGUAACUUCCGUUAGGAAUGUCGUAGAGACAUGAAACAAAAACCUCUAUGUAGGUCUGACUUAGACCUACAUUUCAUACACUUACAUCCUUCAGCAAAAAUCAACAGGAAGUUGGCAAAAACCCCUUCAAAACAAAAGUUUCCUAAAAAAAUGUCAUUUUUGCCUCUUUGAGCUGUAAUUUGACCCCCUGUAAUUGCUUCAAAACUCACCAAACUCGACACACACAUCAGGACUGGUGAUAAUUGCGAUCUAAUAAAAAAAUAAAAUAAAAAACUCAAAAUUGCACUCCAGCGCCCCCUAGGAAUAAAACACUGACAAAACUGCUCUUGGGGAUAAAACACAGACAAAACUGCGUGUAACUUCCGUUAGGAAUGUCGUAGAGAAAUGAAACAAAAACCUCUAUGUAGGUCUGACUUAGACCUACAUUUCAUACUCUUACAUCCUUCAGCAAAAAUCAACAGGAAGUUGGCAACAACCCCUUCAAAACAAAAGUUUCCUAAAAAAAUGUCAUUUUUGCCUCUUUGAGCUGUAAUUUGACCCCCUGUGACUACUUCAAAACUCACCGAACUCGACACAAAUUUCAAGACUGGUGAUAAUUGCAAUCUAAUAAAAAAACAAACACCAAAACUCAAAAUUGCGCUCCAGCGCCCCCUAGGAAUAAAAAACUGACAAAACUGCUCUUGGGAAUAAAACACAGACAAAACUGCUGGUAACUUCCGUUAGGAAUGUCGUAGAGAAAUGAAACAAAAACUUCUAUGUAGGUCUCACUUAGACCUACAUUUCAUACUCUUACAUCCUUCAGCAAAAAUCAACAGGAAGUUGGCAAAAAACCUUUCAAAACAAAAGUUUCCUAAAAAAAUGUCAUUUUUGCCUCUUUGAGCUGUAAUUUGACCCCCUGUAACUGCUUCAAAACUCAUCAAACUCAACACACGCAUCAGGACUGGUGAUAAUUGCGAUCUAAUGAAAAAAUAAAAAACUCAAAAUUGCACUCCAGCGCCCCCUAGGAAUAAAACACUGACAAAACUGCUCUUGGGAAGAAAACACAGACAAAACUGUGUGUAACUUCCGGUAGGAAUGUCCCAGAGAAAUGAAACAAAAACCUCUAUGUAGGUCAGACUUAGAACUACAUUUCAUACGCUUACAUCCUUCAGCAAAAAUCAACAGGAAGUUGGCAAAAACCCCUUCAAAACAAAAGUUUCCUAAAAAAUUUCAUUUUUGCCUCUGAGCUGUAAUUUGACCCCCUGUAACUGCUUCAAAACUCACCAAACUCGACACACACAUCAGGACUGGUGAUAAUUGCGAUCUAAUAAAAAACAAACCCCGAAACUCAAAAUUGCGCUCUAGCGCCCCCUAGGAAUAAAACAAUGACAAAACUGCUUGUAACUUCCGGUAGGAAUGUCGUACAGAAAUGAAACAAAAACCUCUAUGUAGGUCUGACUUAGACCUACAUUUCAUACUCUUACAUCCUUCAGAAAAAAUCAACAGGAAGUUGGCAACAACCCCUUCAAAACAAAAGUUUCCUAAAAAAAUGUCAUUUUUGCCUCUUUGAGCUGUAAUUUGACCCCCUGUAACUGCUUCAAAACUCAUCAAACUCGACACACACAUCAGGACUGGUGAUAAUUGCGAUCUAAUAAAAAAUAUAAAAUAAAAAACUCUAAAUUGCGCUCCAGCGCCCCCUAGGAAUAAAACACUGACAAAACUGCUCUUGGGAAGAAAACACAGACAAAACUGCUUGUAACUUCCGGUAGGAAUGUCGUAGAGACAUUAAACAAAAACCUCUAUGUAGGUCUCACUCAGACCUACAUUUCAUUCAUUGACAUUCUUCAGAAAAAAUCAACAGGAAUUAGCAAUUACCCCUUCAAAACAAAAGUUUUGUAAAAACCUGUCACCUUUUUUCAAACAAGAUCUCCUCUGAGCGCGUUUGUUGUGUCGUCUUCAAACUCGCACAGGAAAGAGAUUGAACCCUCUGAUUAAAAUAGGCGCGAAGAGUUUGUCUAACUGCUCCGGUUUGGAUUUUACGAACCUUCAAAGAACCGCUGCUGCUGCUGCUCUGUUGCUGUCUCAAGAUGGCCGCUUAAAAGCAGGAAGCACCAGCGUGACCACACAAUGCAGAGAAGGUAAGUAAUGUGCAGGUAAAGAUAUGUUGAAUGGGUAAAGGCAGGAAACACCAAAAAAAGUCGGUCCCGUCCAUCGCUGCUUGCAGCUUUAAUUUAAAAUGUAUUUCCGUAAAAGCCAUAUAAUAUAUAUUUUUUAACACUAAACACAACUAAACGCGUGCAUUUUUAAGUAAGACCAACAUUUCUAGAGUAUAAUAGGUCUCUUAUUCUUUGUAAUAACAUUGUUAUUCGAAAGCUAACUGUGGAGGGGGCGUGGCCUGCGGGCCUACAGCGAAACUGGGUGUUGCCAGGACCGGCCUCGAAAUCAGCGACAGGUGCGUAGAGGGCCCACCUGGGCCUUGUUAUCUAAUCACCUGUCGCUCUGUUGAUAAGCAGCAGCCAGGAGGAGAGACGGGGUUGGGGCUGGAGCCAGAGCGCGAGCGAGAACGAAAGAGGAAAAGACAAUUGCUGGAAAGCAACUGAGAGACUUAUUGAAAAAUUUUAAAAAAUAUCGUAACGCUGAAACAGGCUCUCAUGUCGGUGCUUGGUGGUCUGAAGAACCUCCAGGAGGGCAAGCCCUAAACUAAACAAUAACAAAUAAAUCACUUCUUACCCUUAAUGCAACUUCUUGAACCAGUGCGGUAGAAAAAAGGAUGGAUGGAUUCAAAUGCAUGAGCAUGUUUAAUAUUUUGAACGUUAUUUUUAACACUUUGAGUACAAGUGGAAUUAUUCAUUACUUAUCGUGUUAAGCAAUGUCAGCUCAGAUUUAUCCGAGAGCCAGAUGCAGUCAUCAAAAGAGCCACAUCUGGCUCUAGAGCCAUAGGUUCCCUACCCCUGCUGGACAACUGGACGUCAAGUCCGCUUUUACACCCUAUAAACAGCCUGCCAGCUAAGUCACAUAAAAAAUGUGUUUUUUUUAACGCACACAUAAGUGAAUGCAAGGCAUACUUGGUCAACAGCCAUACAGGUCACACUGAGGGUGGCCGUAUAAACAACUUUAACACUGUUGCAAAUAUGCGCCACACUGUGAACCCACACCUAACAAGAAUGACAAACACAUUUCGGGAGAAUAUCCGCAUCGUUACACAACAUAAACACAACAGAACAGAUACUCAGAAACCCUUGCAGCACUAACUCUUCCGGGACGCUACAAUGUACACCCCCACCACUGGACUCUCACUAUUUUGUUAAAUAUACUAUGGACUGGACUCCACUAUUAUGUUAGAUCCACUAUGGACUGGACUCCACUAUUAUGUUAGAUCUACUAUGGACUGGACUCUCACUAUUAUGUUAGAUCCACUAUGGACUGGACUCUCACUAUUAUGUUAGAUCCACUAUGGACUGGACUCACACACUAUUAUGUUAGAUCUAAUAUGGACUGGACUCCACUAUUAUGUUAGAUCCACUAUGGACUGGACUCUCACUAUUAUGAUAGAUCCACUACGGACUGGACUUUCACACUAUUAUGUUAAAUCUACUAUGGACUGGACUCUCACUGUUAUGUUAGAUCCACUAUGGACUGGACUCUCACUAUUAUGUUAGAUCUACUAUGGACUCGACUCCAAUAUUAUGUUUGAUCCACUAUGGACUGGCUCCACUAUUAUGUUAGAUCUACUAUGGACUGUACUCUCCGCUAUUAUGUUAGAUCUACUAUGGACUGGACUCUCACUAUUAUGUUAGAUCCACUAUGGACUGGACUCACACUAUUAUGUUAGAUCUGCUAUGGACUGGACCCUCACUAUUAUGUUAGAUUUACUAUGGACUGGACUCCACUAUUAUGUUAGAUCUACUAUGGACUGGACUCACUAUUAUGUUAGAUCUACUAUGGACUGGACUCUCACUAUUAUGUUAGAUCCACUAUGGACUGGACUCUCACUAUUAUGUUAGAUCCACUAUGGACUGGACUCUAACUAUUAUGUUAGAUCUACUACGGACUGGACUCUCACUAUUAUGUUAGAUCCACUAUGGACUGGAGUCUCACUAUUAUGUUAGAUCCACUAUGGACUGGACUCUCACUAUUAUGUUAGAUCUACUAUGGGCUGGACUCCAAUAUUAUGUUUGAUCCACUAUGGACUGGCUCCACUAUUAUGUUAGCUCUACUAUGGACUGGAGUCUGCUAUUAUGUUAGAUCUACUAUGGACUGGACUCUCACUAUUAUGUUAGAUCCACUACGGACUGGACUCUCACAUUAUUAUGUUAGAUCUGCUGUGGACUGGACUCUCCGCUAUUAUGUUGGAUCUACUAUGGACUCGACUCCAAUAUUAUGUUUGAUCCACUAUGGACUGUACUCUCCGCUAUUAUGUUAGAUCUACUAUGGACUGGACUCUCACUAUUAUGUUAGAUCCACUAUGGACUGGACUCACACUAUUAUGUUAGAUUUGCUAUGGACUGGACCCUCACUAUUAUGUUAGAUUUACUAUGGACUGGACUCCACUAUUAUGUUAGAUCUACUAUGGACUGGACUCUCUGCUAUUAUGUUAGAUCUACUGUGGACUGGACUCUCACUAUUAUGUUAGAUCCACUAUGGACUGGACUCUCACACUAUUAUGUUAGAUCUGCUGUGGACUGGACUCUCCGCUAUUAUGUUAGAUCUACUAUGGACUGGACUCACUAUUAUGUUAGAUCUACUAUGGACUGGACUCUCACUAUUAUGUUAGAUCCACUAUGGACUGGACUCUCACUAUUAUGUUAGAUCCACUAUGGACUGGACUCUAACUAUUAUGUUAGAUCUACUACGGACUGGACUCUCACUAUUAUGUUAGAUCCACUAUGGACUGGACUCUCACUAUUAUGUUAGAUCCACUAUGGACUGGACUCUAACUAUUAUGUUAGAUCUACUACGGACUGGACUCUCACUAUUAUGUUAGAUCCACUAUGGACUGGAGUCUCACUAUUAUGUUAGAUCCACUAUGGACUGGACUCUCACUAUUAUGUUAGAUCUACUAUGGGCUGGACUCCAAUAUUAUGUUUGAUCCACUAUGGACUGGCUCCACUAUUAUGUUAGCUCUACUAUGGACUGGAGUCUGCUAUUAUGUUAGAUCUACUAUGGACUGGACUCUCACUAUUAUGUUAGAUCCACUACGGACUGGACUCUCACAUUAUUAUGUUAGAUCUGCUGUGGACUGGACUCUCCGCUAUUAUGUUGGAUCUACUAUGGACUCGACUCCAAUAUUAUGUUUGAUCCACUAUGGACUGGCUCCACUAUUAUGUUAGAUCUACUAUGGACUGUACUCUCCGCUAUUAUGUUAGAUCUACUAUGGACUGGACUCUCACUAUUAUGUUAGAUCCACUAUGGACUGGACUCUCACUAUUAUGUUAGAUCCACUAUGGACUGGACUCUCACUAUUAUGUUAGAUCUACUAUGGACUGGACUCUCACUAUUAUGUUAGAUCCACUAUGGACUGGACUCACACUAUUAUGUUAGAUUUGCUAUGGACUGGACCCUCACUAUUAUGUUAGAUUUACUAUGGACUGGACUCCACUAUUAUGUUAGAUCUACUAUGGACUGGACUCUCUGCUAUUAUGUUAGAUCUACUGUGGACUGGACUCUCACUAUUAUGUUAGAUCCACUAUGGACUGGACUCUCACACUAUUAUGUUAGAUCUGCUGUGGACUGGACUCUCGCUAUUAUGUUAGAUCUACUAUGAACUGGACUCUCACUAUUAUGUUAGAUCUACUAUGGACUGGACUCUCACUAUUAUGCUACAUCCACUAUGGACUGGACUCCACUAUUAAGUUAUCUACUAUGGACUGGACUCCACUAUUAUGUUAGAUCCACUAUGGACUGGACUCUCACUAUUAUGUUAGAUCUACUACGGACUGGACUCUCACUAUUAUAUUAGAUCUACUAUGGACUGGACUCUCACUAUUAUGUUAGGUCCAUUAUGGACUGGACUCUCACACUAUUAUGCUAGAUCUACUAUGGACUGGACUUCACUAUUAUCUUAGAUCUACUAUGGACUGGACUCCGCACUGUAACAUCAACAGAACAUAUACCCAGAAUCCCUUGCAGCACUAACUCUUCCGGGAUGCUACUAUAAAAAAAAAAAACGCCCACCUCAACCAAAUUCGGAGGUCUCAAGGUUGGCAAGUAUGGCUGUGAUUUGCCGUAAAAGAAUAUGUUUGUGGUUUUGUGCUGUGAUUGGUUAGAUUAAUAACGCCUUACCCUCAUUUUUUUUGGUUUCUUAGAAAUUAUUUUGAACUUGGAGACAUUGAAGCCUUGUGUUUUUAUUGUGAAUAAUUUGUAUAACUGCCUGAUUUUAAUAAAUGUUAAUCACAAAUACAGUUGGAACACAAUCUCUGGGGGGUGGAGGAAGAAGGGUGCGUAACAGCGGCCUCUAGCGGUGAGGUGAAGAAGUGCCUCUGACUGUACCAGAGGGGAGGGGGCGGGGCUAGCUUAGUGGCGGGAAGGUUCUAUUUGAUCUCCCCGCAGUCGGCGAUGACCACUUUGACCUUCGGGGUUCCACUCUUGGUUCCUUGCUUCUCGAUGUUCUUCAGAACGUCGACGCCGUCCACCACGCUCCCGAACACCACGUGCUUCCCGUUGAGCCUGCGCGCGAAGCCCAGACGUCAAGAAGACACUUUGUAGCAGGUGACGACGAAAAGAGGACAUUUUAAUGGCGGCUCACCAGUCAGUGGACGCCGUGCACAUGAAGAACUGCGAGCCGUUGGUGUCGGGCCCGGCGUUGGCCAUGGACAGCGUCCCCAUGCCGCCGUGCUUCAGCUGGAAGUUCUCGUCGGCGAACUUCUCUCCGUAGAUGGACUUUCCUCCUGUGCCGUUGUGGUUGGUGAAGUCUCCGCCCUGCGACCACAGACUGUUUUCAGGCCGCUUUCUGACCUUCUCUUCAAGAUGUGCCGUACUGUGUGUUGAUGCACAAUGUCUCAGGGGAGUCGACGGCAGCUUCAUGGACGGCCCAAGCUCAGCUUUUCUCCGACAUGAGCAGAGCUUGCGUCGUUCUACAUGUAAAAAGAGGCAGCUGCGACUCCUACCUCCUCCGUGGCUUCCCUCAGAGACACUGGUGGUCACCACGCCCAUGGCCACACCCCUCCGACUUUCAGUCCUUUACCCUCACUUUCCUCAUCCACGAAUCUUUCAUCCUCGCUCAAAUUAAUGAGGGAAAUCGUCGCUUUCUCGGUUCGAAUCACUCUCGCUGCUGGUGGCCAUGAUUGUAAACAAUGUCCAGAUGUGAGGAGCUCCACAACCCGUGACGUCACGCACACAUCGUCUGCUACUUCCGGUACAGGCAAGGCUUUUUUAUUAGCGACUAAAAGUUGCGAACUUUGUUGAUCUCUACUAAGUCCUUUCAGCAAAAAUAUGGCAAUAUUGCCAAAUGAUGAAGUAUGACACAUAGAAUGGAGCUGCUAUCCCCGUUUAAAUAAGAACAUCUCAUUUCAGUAGGCCUUUAAAGUGUUUGAAUCAAAACAGACACUCUGUAAUUGUCAGUAUUUUAUUUUGACCUCAUUUAUCAUCAUUUGUUUUUCAGUUGAAAUGAAGGGAAUGUGUAGAACACUCUGGAAACAACAAGCUUCCAAUCAACUAGUUUUUAAUUCCCCUUUUAAGUUCCAGCAGAUGAAGAAACAGUCGAUACAAUGAGAAUUAUGAUUACAAAAUAAAUAGAAAACGAUGGCAAUUCAAAUGUGUUACAAAAUAUGUGCAAUAGUUUACAUCUUAAAAACACCUUUUUCUAGUAAAUUUGCCAUGACAUAGUUUGUUUUCCAAAUGAAACAUUAUCGUGUUGCUCAACAUUUUUCUUUUUUGGACCUCAAAGUCUUUUAGAAAAGGUGGAAUCGUUUG